UCUGACACGGUUCCAUCUUUCGAGAUCUUCUCAACGUAAUUUUCACUAAUCCAGACGAAAAAAAAUCGCGAAAAAUUCUUUCAAUAUAUACGAAACAGUUAGAUUUAGCAUUCAGCAGCAGGCAAAACCACUCAAGAUGACCAACUGCAAGCGAGUGAACACGACGAACCGUCGCUUCAAGGAUUUCCACCGACGCUAUCUAGCGCUCUGCAGAGCGAGGAACUUCCCACCGUUGGCGGAGCUUAGCGGAAUCAGAAGUGGAGGAGGGUCUGGUGUCUACAGGUGUGCCAGCGAUCAACAGCUGCAUAAGGGGGUGGACCUUUAUGGGGAUCGUUUCAAAGAAACCGACUGGCAGCUGAUCGCCGACGCUCUCAUCGAAGAUGGCUCGCUUGAAUUUUUAGCCAUUCGGCUGCGGAAGGUCUACAAUGACGUACUCGACAACGGUUAUAUCCGAACUGAUGGCAAUUUUGAUCGUCCGAUCAUUUUGAAGAAACGAUUGUUUACCCGACUUAUUGAAGGCCUGGCACAUUUUUUGGUCAACAAUCAGGUGGUGAAGGUUUUCGUGCUUGAAGCCCUUCCUAUCCAAGAUGUGUACAUGGCAACGCUUGUAGAUGCAUUGCAGCACAAUAAUUCCAUCACCGAGUUGAGCUUAGCGCGCAGCGCAAUUCGCGACGAGGGCUGUGAAACGGUCUGCCGGGCUGUGAUGCAUCUACCCCGGAUCGAAUCACUUAAUCUGUCCGGCUGUCAGCUUACGGUUCGCGGUUGUCGGUCAAUCGCCGAGUUGAUCAAGUUCCAAAAAAUUCAACGCUUCGCCCAAAGCUGGCAACACUCGCUCCGCUAUCGGGAUGUUGACAUGAGCAAGAUACAGGGCUUGCGUAACAUUAUGCUGAACUCGAACCCGGAUGUCGGUGAUGAGGGCCUGUGCGAGUUGACCGAGGUUCUCAAGGAUGACGAAUGGAUUCGGCAGGUGCACUUUAGAAGUUGUGGUCUAACUGAUAAGGGAGCAAAAUUUUUGGUGGACUGUUUGAAUAUGAACAAAGCGAUCGAAAAGUUCGAUAUCAGAGGAAAUGGGGAUAUUUCCAAUGUCGCUUGCCACGAGAUCUUGGUAAAACUGGGAAUAGAUAUGGAAUCGUCCGACAGCAGCCAGUCUUUGAAUGAGAAGAAAGGCGUGGGACAGGGUAAAAUGAGGCUGUCUGAGCAGGUUAAGUAUUUGCAACAGCAGUUGACGGCGGAGCGUCUUCGGAGUGCGCAAUUGCAGCAUCUGGUCGAGCAACUUCAUCUGCAACAAACCGAAUGUGUGAUUCAGCUGAACAAUUUGAAGGAAGAGUACAGGCGAAUUGUUGAUCAACAUGAAGAAAUGGUGAAAACAAUGAAACGCCAGGAGAAGGGAAGGCCGAAGAGUAGAAAGACUGCACUUCGUAAAAGUCGCAGCGAGGCGCUUCCUACAUCGAUGUUCAGUCGUAAUGCCAACGCCGGACGGAUCUAUACUCGAGGUAGUAACAAAUCUAAGUCAGAAAUGACAAUGAAAUGGAUUCAUGAUGGUCACGUUACUGCAACGAACUGUGCGGGUGGUUAUGCCAAACGACCCCACGUGUUGGAGGGAACUAUUGGGGAUACUGGAUUGAACACGCGUUUGAAUGAUAUCGCUGAGCUGAAUGAAGGAGUCCAUACGCUACAUAAGAACUUCGAGGAGGCUGGAUUUGGUGAUAUGGGAGUCGGAUGUUCGGCUGUCAGGAUUAGAAGUGCAGGAUAUAAUAACAAACGCUCCGUUCAGUUAAAUACAAAAGAAGACACUAGCGAGGAGGAGUAUUUUAACGAUAUUGGGGAACCAGUCGAUCACAUGGAGAGAAAUGACGUUAAUAAAGUUUGGCGAGAUUGCGAAGAGGAAGGAGACGAUGACAGCGGUACCAAUUCUAUCUCCGGUGCAGAUUUGUUAAAUAUGGUCGUCAAAAAGAGAUCAAUGGAGCAUACAGGUGAAUCACAUUCUGUUUUUUUGAGCGUUUAUGAUGCAGAUGAGAAUUAAACACUAUUCAUUGGGUAUCAUGAUGAAGGCUCUAUAUUUUAUAAGGGUAUACUCAACUUUCGGAAGGAUCCGCUCAAUAAAAUUCCACAUGUAUCGAUGGUACAAUUUUGCUA